AUGGAAAGCGAUUUAACCAAGCGUCGUCCUUCGGUCAUACCCGGUUCUUUACCUGGUUUACCGGCUGGAUGGGCACCAUCAAUAGAUACUGUCGAAGAAGAUGUAAGUGAUGAUGAAGAAAAUAAUUCAAAAUCAUAUUCAUCAACAACAAUCUCUUAUUUACCACCAAUAACAAAUUAUGAAACAAAACCAUAUCUUACAAUAAAAAAAUUUCAAUAUGAAAAUCCAACAUCUGGUCAAACAACAACAAUGUCCAUGGCACAUACAUAUGGUAUUUGUAUAUUAAAUACAGAAGCUGAAGAAAUUAUAGCUUGUGAUCAUUACAAUAAUCGUUUACUUAUGUUUGAUUCAAAUACAGAUGGACGUUUAUUACAAAUAUUUCGUGGUGAUUUAGCAACACCAGAAUGUGUUGCACCACGACCACAUCAUAAACAACAUAUUUAUGUUACAAAAGGUCAUUCAAUAUCAUUAUAUGAUUUAGAAAAGAAAAAAGUUAUACAAAAGUUAGGUACUGAAGAAAGUGGUCAUGCAAAUAAUCGAUUUAAUUUACCAAGUGGUAUUACUGUCGAUCCAACGAAUGGCGAAAUUUAUAUGUGUGACACAUGGAAUCAUCGAAUAUGUGUUUUUUCACCUGAUUUCCGUUUUGUUAAUCGUCGUUGGUAUUUAACACGAUGGCAACAAACAUACCAUAAAGUGAAACCAAAUUUUAUAGCUGUUAAUGCAAAUAAUCAAUGUGCUGUUACAUGUGAAGAUGCACCAAAUUAUCGUGGUGCUGUUUAUGUAUUUGAUAAAAUGGGUUAUAUACAAAAAAUUUAUGAUAAUGAUACACGCAGUAAACCAAUUGUUGACGCUAAAUUAAGUAUUCCACAUGGAAUAUUAUUAGAUGAUGAUGGUAAUUGGUUAACAGUUUGUUAUUCAGAUCCUGAAGCACGUUCAGUUGAAAGACGAUCAAAUAUUCAAGAUGAUCAAGAUAAUGAAAUAAUAUCUUAUUGGCGUGGUAAAGAUUUAAAAGGUCCUAGUGGUUUAGCAAUGAAACGUGACCAAACAUUAAUUAUUGGUGAUCGAGAUAAUAAUUCUAUAAGCUUUUUUAAACAACAAGAAGCAUCAAAAUCAGAAGCAGCAAAAUAA